AACAGUAUUAAGUUCUUCUCGACGUCCUUAGUGAUAGGCGGUAGGUGCGCUGCGAGCGUGACGCGUGUGCGUCGAUAGGGUCGUGCACGAACAUAAUAUUGAUCAAACGAUGAUUGUCUUGCUAACCGGCCCGCCGGGGGUUGGUAAAACGACAUUGUUGAAAAACGUUGCGCAGCACGUGCAGAACCACAAGGGAGGGCCACGUGUUUUCGGCUUCUACUCUGCGGAACGGCGAGAUGCGGACAAUAAGAGAUGUGCCUUCGACAUGGUGGCUUUCGAAGGUUCGAAUAUCGGAGGAGGAGGAGGAGGAUCUGCUGAUGGAUCCUCGACUUCAUCCACUGGCGGCGCCGCCGCAAGCGGAAGAUGUACUUUAGCUGACAUGGAGCCUGUUCCUGCUGGAGAAAGACGGCCUGCUGUGGGAAAAUACCGCGUGCAUCUAACCGAAUUCGAAGACUUCACUUCGCAGCAUUUCGCUAGCUUUUUCGACGCCCCAAUUGCAGAAAGUGGAAAUAUUAUCACUCUGUCUGGGAAAAAGGUCUUUUUUCUGGACGAGAUCGGGAAAAUGGAACUAUUCUCGAAAAAGUUUGUAGCGGAUACAAAGCGAUUGUUGGAAAGCGGCUGUGUGGUGCUCGCGACGGUAUCGCAAAAGGGCAGUGGCUUCUGCGAAGAAGUCCGCGAAUGGCCAGAUGCAAAGCUGAUCACAUUGGAACGCGCAAAUCGAGAAAAGACUGCGCCUGUGAUUGAGAAAGAAAUUGUCGCAGAGCUACUACAAGCUGUAGCGCAAGCACCUCCAGAACAGUCAUCCGCUCCUGCAAUGAAGAAAAGCAGUGAGGAGCCAUACUCAGUGGCAGCAGAUGAACCUGCACCUAAACGACAACGGGGACGCUGGAAACAGAAAGCCGGACAUACUGACCUCAAAAACACAACAGCGAGGUCUUGAUGGGAUAUGUCGUGUGUAUUUACCGGGCAAUCGGCAGAUUUAGCUUCGGAUUUUCGCUACAGCAAGUACAUCCGACUUGCUAUUUUCAAUUGUGGUGUAAUGAGAUCACUGAGCAUGAUCAUCCUCUUGGAUGGAUUCAUUCCCCGUGUCACAUGAAAGUGUUGCCGGCUUCUAUGGCAUCCUUAGCAAUUACUGCACACAGAAAAGAGAGUCAAAGCUAUUUAAUUCUGAGUCUGUGCUUGAC